AUGAAGCUGGACGAUGUAGAGUGGUCAAAUAAUGUUGUCUUCUUGAUUCACAAUUCCCCCCGUGCGAUUCUUCGCUGCCAUGAUAAUUUCUGGUGUGGACUCGCGGAAAUCCAGCUGGCGAAUUAUGAGAACGCGGAGAUGCGACUCGAACAAGUGGCGAAAGAAGAUCCUAACUAUUUGGGAGCGUUGUUUCUUCAGCAGCAACUUUGUCGCACUGAGCCGUCUGAGCGAAACCAGACAAGGUACAAAGAAUUAGACGGAGAAAUAAAAUCUCUCCGAAACGGUGCAUCUUCAAUCGAACUUGAAUUCGCGGCCAUUGCUCAGUACGCUAUUGGAAAGCCCGGAAAAGCGGCAGAAUACCUGGACAAGUCGCUAAAACGACAUGGAAUCGAUCAAAGAACGCUAGCUCUUCGAUGCGCUGUUGAAUCGAAGGCUGACAAGAUGGACAGCCUACUUGAACAGAUUCCUGAAGAUACCAACUGCGCGCUGGGACAAUAUUACCUUGCUGAGAAAUUGCUUCGUGCUCGUCAACACACCAGAGCUCAGACGUUAACUGAAAACAUGUUGCAGGCGAACUCUAGUUGCUCAUUAGCCCAUGUGCAGAUGGUCAAAGCCGCCUUUGGUGUUCAGGACUGGGAUGUCGUUAACUCUUCCUCCUCUUGGUUGAUCUCAGUGAUUCCACAGUUCUGGGACGGAUACAUGUAUCUCGCACUGGAAUCCCUUCUUACCACUGGUUCAGAAACAGCAGCUGCAGACAGACUUGAAUCAAUGCUCUCAAAUGCAGGCGAAACCUUUCCAAAAGCUAUCUCUUUUGCCCGUUUACUUGUGAGAACUGUUGGCCAAAGUAAAGUACUCUCGCCACAAAUUGAAAAGAUGCUUGCCAAGUGUGCAGACUCGGCCGAUGCGAAGACUGUUCGGGGAGACUACUAUCUGCUCAAAGGAAAUGUCAGAAAAGCAAAAGAAUGUUAUAACGAGGCACUGUCUAUGGACUCGGGGAAUCCUGGAGCGUUUGUCGGUGUUGUUUGGUGUUGGCUCAGGCUUGGAGACAGACGACGGGCAAAACAACAAUUGGAUAUGGCGGGAGCAAUUCCAGAAGACAAAAGGAAACAGUUACCAGAACUGCAUCUGCUUGAAGUUGAGCUUGGAAUCGUGGCAAAUAAAUUUGAUGCCCUAAAGACCGCGACAGUUGAGAUAACUAAAAAUCUAGCAGGCCGCGCCUAUGAUCUUUCAUUGCUAGAGGAGCUGAACCCAAACUUAUGUCUCGAGAUUCUCAAGUGCUACAUGAAACUCAUCGAUAAAGAAGAAGUAAGGACUGCAGCGAAGCUUCCCAACCACGUUAAACGAGCAGAACGAUUACUAACCGUUGUCAAAAACGCUGUCGGUGGUCUUACACCUGUCAAAGUUGUCGAUGCAGAGUUCAAAUGUAUGAUUGGAAAGUUUGAAGAUGCUGAGGAAGUGCUGAGGCGAAUGGUGCCGGGAUCUGACGUUUAUCUUCUCCAAGCAAAAGUGGCUAAUGAGCGUGCCGAUCCAGACAGUGCGCGACGUCUAUUAGACUCCGCUUUGGCUGCAGAUUAUAACUUUGGUGAGCACUGCCCUUAUCAGCUUGUGGCCGCGGAGACUGCCAUGCUGAAAAAUAAUUUUGGAGAGGCUAUUAAGCUGCUCAACAAAGCCCUUGCAUCUGGAAAUCUGACAGAGAAUGAGUCCGUCGCUGCGAAUUUGAAGCUUUCAGAAGCAUUUCGUAGAAAUGGCCAAGCGAAUGAAUCUUCGAACGUUAUGGAAAAGAUCGAAAAAGACUUUUCUUCCGCUUCAGCAGUUGCAGCAAAACUUGCCCUUUCAAAAGCCGAACAGUUACUUGACGCGGGUAAUGUUGAAGCUGCUAUCGAUACUUUAGAGAACGUGGCUUACGACACAGCGGGAGCGUUUCAAGCGAAAGCGCGUCUCGCAGAAAUCUAUCUAGUUCAACGCCGUAACGAAGAACGCUAUCUGACUGUAUUCCGGGACAUUUGCCACAAUAGGCCUGGUGAAUUCGAGCCUCUUGUUGCCUUCGCGGAUUCAUUAAUGCGCGUCAAUAGAAUAGACGAUGCAGUAAGAACAUAUGAGGCGGCGUUGAGACUGAAGAAGACUGAUACCGCGCUUCAAGUCAAAAUUGGACAGGCAAUGGCAAUCACUCAUGAUUACUCCGGCGCUAUAUCAUACUACAGGAACGCGAGCCUUGUCUCCAGCGAAUGCGGAGGACUGCGUCUUGAACUCGCAGAUCUUUUUGUGCGACUUGGACAAAUCGAGGAUGCGAUUGCUACCCUGGAAGAAGCGUACGACGACCCAACUAUUGACAAAAUGCUCCAAGCUCGUUGCUACUACAAACACGCGGACAUUCUUGCAGAGGACUAUAAAACCGAUGAAGCUCUUCAAAAAUUGGCAAAAGCAAAGAAUCUUUUAGGGACUUGUGAUUAA